AUGGGAGUAAUAGAAUGGUUGUGCGACAUUCGCUUUCAUCGGAGCUUGGUCCUGCCCCCGAACCCAGAAACGAACAGAACGAAGCCAUUGCGAGUGUCCUACGCCGAUUAUGGUGACAAGGAUAGCGACGCAGUCGUUCUAUUCUGCGGCGCUUUGAUGGGCAUGAGAAUGUGCUAUUCGCCCCUCGACCAAUUAGCAAAACUUCAUAGAGUACGGAUCAUUCAUCCGGACAGGCCAGGCGUAGGCGGGAGUGACCCAGUGACUCAACAAGAGAGGAUAGCGAUAUGGCUUGAAAUAGUGCCUCACCUCCUACAGCACCUCCGUAUUCCUUACGUAUCGUUGGCGAGCCAUAGCGGUGGAGACAUCUACCUACUUAAUACUGUCUUGACCCACCCCCACCUACUGCAUCCUAAGAAUCCAUACGUCACUUUCUUCGCUCCAUGGGUCCAUCAUUCACACUCUGGCGUGUCUUCGUUGCGCGCGACUGAGCUGCUACCAGCCCCAUUGAUCGGCAAAUUUGCCUCUGUUGCCCGGUUCGUAAACCAAAAUGUCGUCCCUUUGGCGGGGUUGAGUGGGACACUACUCCAUGGCAUCAGGGAUUCAUUCACACAUUCCACACCUGCUCCAGCACCCGUGCCUCUGAUGCCAACAGCUACCGAUGGGUCCGGAACGACGCCUGUUCCUUCACGUAAUGCCGACAAUGCAUCCGAUUUGGAUCUGAAUGAUCCCAAGAUCGUAGAGGAACUGCGAAUGCUUAUCGUGCAAUACCUAUUUGCAGAACAGACGGAAGGGGUCUCAAUGGACGCACAACUGUUUCUGAAAAAGCCACAGACGACUCAUUGGUGCUCGCCAGACAUCUUCUGGUCAGACAUUGACGACGCUGUGCCUCUAAUCAAGAAACUCAUCAGGGACGAGGGGGCAGCGGGAGGAGGGGAGGGUAGAAAUUGGAUGUUCACGUCUUUCCACGCCGAGGAAGAUUCCAUGGUGGGCGAGAAAGGCAGGACUUGGUUUGAUGCCUGCUGGACGAAGGAUGCUGACGGCGAACCUCAAGAUGAUGCAGGAGACGGCAACGGGAAGUUCAGAUACGAGAGCAAGAUCGUGCCUAAGAGUGAUCACAACUAUCUCAUGGACCCAGCUUUUCAAGCCUCGAACAUAUGGUUGGAGGGUGUGAGGGCAGCUUUCCCGCCUCUAGAAGAGGUUUGA